AUGAGUCUCUUCAUGCGAGCAAACGAUGCUCUCAACGUCAACCCAGUUGCAGGCGUUGAUGAAGCCCUAUCUGUGCAUGGAUCCGACUGGCUUUGGGCUAUUACAGCCAUCUAUAUUGUGUCAUUCCUUGGCCUCCUGACAAUGUCCUUCUCCGGAAAAGAAAGUGAACGAGUAUUCCACUACCUCUUCACCUUUCUCCUCCUAGUCGGCGCAAUAACCUACUACGCCCAAGCCUCUGAUCUCGGCUGGAGCGCUGUGGAACAAGUCAACAAUCUCGACAACGGAGUAAUACGCCAGAUGUUCUGGGCGAAAUACGUCAACUGGGUUGUUGCAUUCCCUUCACUCGCCCUCGCACUCGGUCUCGUCUCGGGGGUUUCAUGGACGACCAUGAUCUGCAAUAUCGCACUUGCCUGCUAUUGGGUCACCAGCUACCUCGUGUCCGCAUACACGCCCUCAACCUACAAAUGGGGGUUUUUCGCUUUUGGAACCCUAUCCUGGGUGAUUCUCGCCAUGAGCACUAUUAACGAGAGUAGAGAAGCCGCGCAAAGGCUUGGGGUGGAUCGUGAUUACAUUAUUCUCUCUGGGUGGUGCAACCUGCUUUGGUUGUUGUACCCUGUGGCCUGGGGUUUGAGUGAUGGGGGGAAUGUUAUUGGGAUCACAGAAGCCACUAUUUUCUUUGGGAUUCUUGAUAUCCUCAUGGUGCCGCUUUUGACAUUUAUGUUUCUUUUCUUUGCCCGGAAUUGGGAUUAUCAGAAGUUGAGUAUUGCCUUCAGUGAUGCGAGGCCGAGCCGGGAGGCACAGAGUCCUAAGCAGCAGCAGGUGGCAGAGAGUAGUCCUUCUGCUUAG